UAAAAAAAAAAAAAAAAAAUCUGGAAACGCAAGGGAUUGGGCUGAGCGAGCCGCACUUGGGGAACCGCACGGACCUUCUGCUGGGACCCCGGCCCUGCGUCUGCUUAGCCCGGUGGCCCCGUCCAUCUACUACCAUGGAGCUGCGGACUCGUCUCGGGGCCACCUGUUUGCUGGGCUUCGGUUUCCUGCUCCUCGUCACCUCUUCUGAUGGACAUAUUGGUCUUGGAAAGGGUUUUGGAGAUCACAUUCACUGGAGGACACUAGAAGAUGGGAAGAAAGAGGCAGCUGCCAGUGGAUUGCCCCUGAUGGUGAUUAUCCAUAAGUCCUGGUGUGGAGCUUGCAAAGCAUUAAAGCCCAAAUUUGCAGAAUCUACAGAAAUUUCAGAACUUUCUCAUAAUUUUGUUAUGGUAAAUCUUGAGGAUGAAGAGGAGCCCAAGGAUGAAGAUUUCAGCCCUGAUGGGGGUUAUAUUCCACGAAUCCUUUUCCUGGAUCCCAGUGGCAAGGUGCACCCUGAAAUCAUCAACGAAAAUGGAAACCCCAGCUACAAGUAUUUCUACAUCAGUGCUGAGCAAGUGGUCCAGGGAAUGAAGGAAGCUCAGGAAAGGCUGACAGGUGAUGCCUUCAGAGAGAAACAUCUUGAAGAUGAGUUGUAACAUGAAUGUAUCCCUUCUUUGGUCAAAGUCAGUGUUCUGGAAGGAAAACAGCAGGGGAGGGAAUAUUGAGGAAUCGCCCUGAACAGUUAAACCGACCAGGAGACCUUGUUCCUGCCUGCAUGGGAAGGAGCUCUCUCACUGUGGAAGAGUUUUGCUAACAGAGGCUGGCCUCCAUGUUCGUGGACCCAGCAGAGUGUGGCAGACUUCCUUCUCCUAGCACCUCUUACCUAAAUGUCUGUUUGUCAUUGAAUGUAAAAGAAUGACACCUUUUGACGCAAAAGUUGAGCCAUUUGGAGGUUUACUCCUCACACUUAAGUGUUUGAAUCUUUUUCCAUUUCCUCCCGCUUUACUCACCUUGGUGAAAGGAAACCAGUAGCAUCUUUUCUACAAUGUUAAAAUUGCAGAAAUAGCUUUAUCCUUUAAAACCACAAAUCCUAAAUGUAAAUCAGUAAUUCUACCCCCACCAAGGAGACUAGCCUGUUUCUUCUCUUUUUCUCCUGGGAAUAAUCUUGGGCUUCUUCCUGAAUCCCUGCGACUUCCCUUCUCUUCUCCUGCUCGGGCUUCCCUGUUUGCACGACGUGUGUGCAGGAGUGGCUGUGUGCUUGACUCAGCCCCAGCUGUUAGCAUGCUUUCCCCGUUACUGUUGGAGAAACUUAAACCUUCAAGCCCUAGGUGGAGCCAUUUUUGUCAAGUUGUCAACUGUAUUUUUGUACUGGGGUUAAAAAAUGAAAAAAAAUAUUAAUUGUUCCAUUAAACUUUAAUAAAACUUUAAAAGGAAA